CAGAAAGUUAGAAAAUGGCUGUUGCCUGUUUUAUGUAAAGGACGCGUCUGGUCUCUAAACGCCUGAAACCAUGUAAUUUGGUCAACGAACUCUUCACUUUACCCGUAGACUGGACUUUUGUCCACUCAGCUCGUCGUGAUGAGUUGGUGUGGGUUGUUAUCGUUGGUUGCAUGUCUUUAUCUUGUUUAUGCCGGUGGCGAAUCCAGUCAUUCCCCGAUGACACCCGAGGAGAAACACACGAUGAGGGUUAAAGUGUUGGAAAUGUUUCACCAUGCCUACAACUCUUACAUGAACCAUGCAUAUCCUGCCGAUGAGCUUAUGCCACUCAGCUGUAAAGGUCGUGUACGAGGUGUAGACACAAGUCGGGGAGAUGUUGACGAUGCACUCGGAAAAUUUUCCUUGACAUUGAUUGACACAUUGGACACAUUGGCAGUUUUGGGAGAAGUGGAGGAGUUUGAAAAGGCUGUAAGGCUCGUAAUUCAAGAUGUUUCAUUUGAUAAUGAUGUGGUAGUUUCAGUGUUUGAAACAAACAUAAGAGUACUGGGGGGUCUUCUUGGUGGUCACUUUGCUGCACUGGCAUUGAAGAAUUCAAAGAAAGGCAUGUUGUGGUAUAACAAUGAACUAGUAGACAUGGCAAAGGAAAUUGGCUAUCGUCUGCUUCCAGCCUUCAACACCUCCACUGGAAUGCCUUAUCCUCGAGUAAACCUCAAGUAUGGCAUCCAGCAUCCAUCAUCAGGGACUGGCAGUGAGUCAGACACCUGCACAGCUUGUGCUGGAACAAUGAUCAUGGAGUUUGGUGCCUUGUCUAGGGUCACAGGGGAUCCAAUAUUUGAGCAAAAGGCCCAGAAAGCUAUGGAGGCAAUCUGGAUCCAUCGUAGUCGAGCUAGUGAUUUGGUUGGCACUGUUAUCAACAUUCAUAAUGGUGACUGGGUUCGGAGAGACAGUAGUGUUGGUGCUGGUAUUGACUCAUACUAUGAGUACUGUUUGAAAGCCUACAUACUUCUUGGAGAUGACAGAUACCUGGAGAGGUUUAACAGGCAUUACAAGUCAAUAAUGCAAUACAUCAAUCAAGGUCCACUGUUCUUAAGUGUUCAGAUGCAUCAACCUGAUAGAACAGCACAUGCUUACAUGGAUGCAUUGCAAGCAUUCUGGCCAGGACUUCAGGUACUGAAAGGUGACCUUAAGAAGGCCAUUGAAACACAUCAGAUGUUGUAUGAAGUCUCAAAGAAGCAUACCUUUCUACCAGAGGCAUUUACUACAGAUUUUGAGGUUCACUGGGGGCAGCAUCCUCUUAGACCUGAGCUUGUAGAAAGCACAUACUUCUUGUACGAGGCUACAGGAGACCCGUAUUACCUUGAAGUUGGAAAGAAUUUAGUAAGAAAGAUCAAUGAACAUGCCAGGGUGCCCUGUGGUUUUGCUGCUCUUCGAGAUGUCAGGACAUUGAGCCAUGAAGACAGGAUGGACUCGUUUGUUCUAGCAGAGACGUUCAAAUACUUGUUCUUAUUAUUCAGUGAAAAAGAAGAUCUUGUGUUCAACAUGAACCAGUUCAUUUUUACAACAGAGGCACAUAUCUUGCCUCUUAGUCUGUCUACUAUGGCUGUGAAUGCAUCAGCGUCUCAGGAACUGAAGUACAAUCUUACCCUAAGCUCAGACAAUGAGCAUGAGUACACAUGUCCUGCCACGCAACACGAACAAGGUUCAACUGCUAAGUUUGCCGAAGAGGUGCGACGCAACAGUAGGGCUCAAGCGCAGGGAAGUUGCCCCAACAAGAAGCCGCAGCAGACUUUUGCUUUCAGCUCGAACAAGCCUCCAAGGUUGAGAGCUGAACAGUUUGUUCCUGGAAAUCAAGAACAUAUUAACGUUCUCAAGGCCAUGGGUAUCACUGUAGUUCAAACCAAAGAUGGCAGAAUAAAACUCAUGCAAACUGCUUCAACGGCUGAGUCAGAUCGUGAUGCAGAAGAUGGCAUCAAGUUCAUGCAAGAGAUGAUAGAAUUGGCAAAACAGCGAAAUGAUGAGUCAGCUGUUCAAGAAAAGCCUCGCGUGGUUCAGCUUAUGUCUGCUCCCUACAAAGGACAUGUGGUUCUCAACGCUUGUCCAGCGCACUUUGGUCUGGAUCUGAGCAAAGGAGAUGUAGGGAUGGGUGCAGAGGUUUCUAUAGCUGAGCCUAUCAAGGCGUGUUCUUCUAUUUCAAAUGUAGAGGAAUUGAAGCAUAGAAUUGCUAUUAUGGAAAGGGGCGAAUGCAUGUUCAUCGAUAAGGCUCGCCACGCUGAGGCUGCAGGUGCAGUUGGUGUGAUCAUCAUUGAUAAUAACGAAGGCAGCUCGAGUGAUACGCAACCAAUAUUUGCCAUGGCUGGUGAUGGAUCUAACAAUGACGUGAAAAUACCAGCUGUGCUUCUGUUCAGCGAGGAAGGACGCAUACUGAAAAACGCCAUAGCUGCAAUGGAGGACUUAAAUCAACGGCUUACAGUCCGUUUAGCUUCUAAAGCCACAGGAACAUCAGAUAAGAAAGAGCAUCCAACUGCCGGACAAGCUGACCAGCCGUCAACUACACAAGAAAAAUCAGAGAGUGAAAAAUCUUCCAGUGAUGAACAUAGUCAACCUUCAAGUGACGAUAUUAAAAUUCAAUCAUCUAACGAAGAUAAAGAAGUUCCCAGUAGUAAUACAGAGCAAAUCGAGGCCUCACAAGGUAUGGAAUUACCACAGAGCGCCGAGGACGGCAUGGCCUCGACAACAUCAGGAAAUACUGACUCGCGUAACAGCGAGACGCCGCCAAAUCCAGCUGUUAUGUCAGUGGGACAAGACGAGGUGUUUUGUGCCGCUACUGGCAAACCUUGUGCCAUACCAAACCAAACUCACGAACCCUGCGCUGAUUCAGCAAUUCAGGCUGAAACGUCAAAUAAGGACAGUUCUAAUUCUGAAAUAAGAACGCUUUCUGAGAAUACUGACCUCCACAGUGGAGGUGAAACAAACAGCGAGGCAACUCAAUCGAGUAAAAACACAGACACUGAGCUAAAUAAUAAGCCAAGCACAGUUAGUGAAGAGAAUACGAGCGAUGACGGCGUUCACGACGCUGCUUUGGAAAGGACUUGAGUCUUAAAAUUAUUUUUAUUAAUCAAUUAUAAUAUACUAGUGCUUCACUCUGAUGUCAUACAAGAGCCUAAGGGCUGUUCUGGGAUGGAAGGAGAGUUUACUCUGGAGCAGAUUUUAAUCGAGAAUAAUCAGGAAUUGCUUUGGUUUUGCUUCGCUCUGCUUUGUGAAUGAUCGAGGAAACUCGCGCAAUCCUUGACACAAAUCAGAUGCAAAACUAAAACAAGUUGUGACUUGGUUAUUUAAAAUCUGUUGCACGCAAGGCCGGUCAAAUUUCUCUACUCUGGGUUGCAGUUGCGUUCAUUGCUGUCGUUGGCUGUGAUUAUUAUUUUGCCGAUCCAGUUUCGCUCUAAUUUAUAAUUUGCAAAUGUUACACAGAAAUUCAGAGUCCUUUCUCAAGUCAGAAGGGUCGAGAAGCAUCAAUUCUAGAUGCGAAGUGAAAAUGACGUCAUGGUGUAACUCUUGGUAAAGCAGAUCAAAUAAUGGGUCAAUUUGAAACUAAAACAAUCUGGGAAAUAUACGUAUCUGAAAAGUUUUCGUUAUUUAUUGUCGGGUCAACAAACCUUGUCUUGUUAAAUGUAUUAAUAUCGCCUCAUUCGCGCUGUGAUCGGGCGUUACAGCGGGUGGCUAUCUGUCGCCUGCAAUCAAGUACCCCUACCACAAACAAACAAAAAAGGAAUCCACGGCCCUACAUUAAUCCAAGGGACAGUCUUGUCUCUGGCGGUUGCGAAACUGAACUAAUUUUACUUACGAAGAUCCUACUGGUGAACUUACCGCAGAACGGUAUGGCAACAGGGGAGGGGGAGGUUACUCAGCGACUGUGUAUUUUUUUGGUUGUUGGGGUUGUAGACUGGAGUCGGUUAUAUGCUAGCAGAACAAACGAGUCUGAAGGACGAAUUUGGGGUUUCAACGUUCUAACCUUCAAUAAGACGGGAUCCUCUCUUGCUUUUAACAUUUUCACCCCAAGAAAUACAUUUCAUACAUACUGUCACGGGAAGAUCGAAGAGAGAAAAGGAAAAUAUUUACUGGGCUGAAAUGUUUAGAAAUGUAAGGCAAACAGGGUGAAGAAUUAAAACUUGCUCUUUGGGAGUGAAAGGGCGUUGUUUUAGAUAUUCUUAAAGUCACAUGCGAUAUAAUUGUAAAUAUUUAUUUAGAUAGCUUUAAUUUUCGAAUUUAGUUCUCUGGCAUUAUGUGCCGUUGUCUGGCUUACUAAAAUAAUUAUUUACUUAUGAUUUAGAAAUUGUUUUAACUAUUAAAAUCAAUAUAUGUUUUUUGCCAAUCAAA